AUGCACCAGGUGCCCUACGGACGCAGCGGCACCUCGAGCGAAGACCGAAACGAUAGGAUCUUCUGGGAGCGGGAGCAGCCCGAGUGCGUCAGGUGGGUGCUGCAACAGCAGCAGCCUAGAUCCCGCGCGACGACGACGACGACGACGAGCGGGAUCGUCGAUCGGACAACAGCGACGACUACGACGACGACUACGACAAGACAGCGAUUACGGCGGCACGACGCCGGGCCCGACGUGGACCGCGUGGACUCGCUGCACUGUUUGGGCCCGGUGCGCACCGUCCACAGCAGCGUCGCGCCGACGCUGCCGUCCAAUUUACUGCUCAUAGGACUGGCACUCUGUUGCCUGGCUCUGCCAGCGGUGCAGCCGCGUCUCAGCAAUCACCAUCAGACGUGUCCGGGUUGCCCGCAUCAGCAGCCGCAACAGCAACAGCAUCACCAUCAUCAUCACGUGCACCACGAGGGCCCAGCGAGGGGCGGCCUUUUCAAGGACACUGUCGCGCCCAGCCCGGACGAUCUUAGGCUGGAGGCGAUCAAACAUCAAAUCCUGCAGAAACUCGGCUUGAGGACUCGCCCGGACGUUAAUAGGACGUUGGCCACCGUGCCCCGGCACCUGGCCCUGGAGACCCUUUACCGGGCGGAGGCGCAAACGCCGCCGCGCUACUCUGACCGGUCAAGGGUCGACUACGAGAGUGAGUAUUCGGGCGAGUUCCUCUACGGCGGCGACGAGUACUCGUAUAGGAAUCUCGAUCAGGAGACCACCACCACGGAGGGUAACGCCAGGACCACCGCCAAGUCCUAUCAGGGCUACGACGAUGUUCAAGAGGAGCUGGACGACUUCUACGCGAGGACUUCGGAGAUCAUCACCUUCGCCGAACCCGGGCACACGUUGAACGGCCAGCCACUGCUAGAAUUCCCAAUGGCGAGCGGCGAACCGGCAUUGGAACCUCUGAGAAUCAAAAGAGCCACUCUGUGGGCGAGAGUUGAGCUCAAGCAUGCCCAUCACUAUCAGCAUCAUCGUCACAGUCAGAUAAACCAAAGAAAUAUCACUCUCUGGGUAUUUAGAGUGCACUGCGGUAACACGACGCAUCUUCGAGGCAAGGAACUCGGGCAACACUUAGAGAUGGUGACAUCUCUUGUGGUGAACGUCGGCCAGCUCGGCUGGCAGAAAUUCGACGUGACGAAGGUCGUCAGCAGAUGGUACACGACGAACUACUCGAAAGAUAAACUGACGCUGCUCGUCGACUGCAGCGGAUGCGGCUCGCACGUCCACGUAUCGACCUUCGACGGGCACUCGCCGCACGUGAUCGAGUCGUCCCUAAAUCCAAAAGGCGAUCACGAUCCGGAUAGACCGUUUCUAGUCGUGCGUACUGAUCCAGCGGCCGCGAAGCGCGUUAGGAGACGGGCAAUCGAGUGCAGCGGCGCGAUAAAGGGUCAGUGCUGCAAGCAGAGGUUCUAUGUCAGCUUUUCUCAGCUUGGGUGGGACGAUUGGAUUAUUGCUCCUCAGGGAUACUACGCCAAUUACUGUAGAGGAGACUGCGCGGCUGGUCACAGAACGCCGGACACAUUUCUCAACUAUUAUACCCACGUAAUCGAGGAAUACCGGAAGAUGGACCGGCUGGCCGGCAUGCAACCGUGCUGCGCGCCUCUCAAGUUCUCGCCCAUGUCGCUAAUCUACUACGGCCCGGACUCGAACAUUAUCAAGAGAGACCUGCCGAAGAUGGUGGUGGACGAGUGUGGUUGUCCUUAAAAACGCGACAGGGAAACGAAAGAGCACGCUCGAGAGAAAAUCGUCGUGCUCUGCCUUGUAAAAAAGAAAAGAAAAAGAAGUAAUCGCGGAAUCGUAACCGCGAGUCCGGACUCGGUCUGACAAAUCGGUCCAGAAACCGUCCGAACUCCGCGAGAUUCGUCUCGCGUUAGAAAACAGGAACGUCGAUGAGCCGAAAAUCGAUCGAGCGCGCGGAGCUCGAAGAGUAGUUCGCGCGUGGACGGUUUCCUGAAAACGAUCGCCCGAGGGUAGACGGUAUGCAAAGAUAGUCAAAAGAACUAGGUAAUUUUGCUAGAUUUACACGCCACACAUCGACGCGAUUGCGUUCCCGAGCGCGUGGUGAUAAAAUAACAAAAAUUAGCCUUUCUAUAUAUAUAUAUACAAAAUAUAGAACGGUCGAGUACGUAGAUUAGAUCUUACCGGUUGGUAAUUUGUAAAGAAAAAGAGAGAAGAAAAGAAUCGGCCGCGUCUCGGUUUCAAAGCGUCGUUUACAAUACGCAUAUAAUAUAUUUAUCUAUAUCUCUCCGGUUUAUUUGUACGCGAUCGUAAAAGGCAGAGAAGAGAUACGCGAGAGAGUUAUUCAGAAUCGGUAUUCUUACCCAAGAGCUUAGUCUUUCUUUAUUAGUUGCGUGAUGAGAAUGAGAGAAAGAGAGCGAGCAAAAAUGAGAGAAUAAUUAAAACGAUUGAAAGUAAAAGACGUGACUUUUACGAUUAUACAUAUAAUAUAAGAUGUAUAUAUUAUAUAAAUAUAAAUAUAUAUAUAUACAUUCUCGGACGCAUACACACAUACGUGAUUCAACCGAAGUAUAGAAUAUUCGCGUACGAGCGCCGCGCGCGCACGCGCAUUAAGUAUAAAGACGAGAAAGAAUCUCAAUCUCUCUCUAAUUGCCUUGUUUUUUAUGCAAAACUUGUGAAAGUAUCGAAAGUAACGGUUUAAAAAGUAAUAAAAAUGCUAUUUAAAAGUCAAAAAAUAUACAUAUAUAUAUAUUAUAUAUUAUAAAUAUAUAAUACACACGUACGCACGCACGCAUACGCAGCCAUAUACACCGACACACCUAUACGCAUAAGUAGACGUAAAUCCAGUGCCGGGGUCGGGGAUUGGAAACUAGACGGGCGGGAUGAAAAGUACCCCAUAAGUUCAAAAGAAGCGAGAGAAAAAUUAUUAUUAUUAUUAAUUAUAUUGUUAAGCGUAAGGUUGGCCCUAGAACUACGAUUGGGUGUUGCGAGCGUGCGUAUAUUUCGACGAUUUUUACAGAUAAACACAUACCAACAAUUCGAUAAUCCGCUAAAUGCAAAAAUAUAUGACAAUAUUCGAGUACGCGCGAUUGAAAAGAGAGGCCGCACACUCCUGAUAUCUCGUACCGUAACGUUAAGAGCAGUUUUUGCAAUUUUCCUUAAUCUGAAUAAAAAAGAAGAAACGUGCCGUUUGUAUUUUCGCUGAUAGGUAUAACGAACUCGCGAAAGUCCGCUGGAAUGCGUAUACCGAAAAUACGUCUAAUUGCUACGUUUUUAACAGCAAGAUUGUCAAAAAUUAGAAAACGAUUCGGGAAAUUACAAGAGAAAAAAAAGGGAAAAUAUGCAUGAACUAAUCGAUAAUUGCGGAAAAACAAUAACGCGACAAUAAACGAGGAACGGGGGGAAAGAUGCCUUGAAACAUUGGACGACAAUUUUCGAGUGGCGGCAUACAUUUUUUUCCAAAGCAUCAGUUCAUCGAACGCGUUUCGAGACGUGAUGCGUCAACGUGAUUUAUUGUUCCAAAGCGACGCGCGCGAAAAGAAUUAAAGAAAGAAAAAAAACUUAAAGAUAUAAAUAAAAUUUUUUUCGUGGGAAUGUCACGUUCGACCCACGCAGCCUUACUGGGCCUUAUUAAGGUAUCGUCGUACUAUUACUAAAUUACUAUCAAAGUAACGAUAAAGCUUAAGUAACGAUAAUGAACACAGCGGAGGGACAACAACGGCGAAUGUGGUGUGAAAAUCAACGGGUGUGAACAGCGCGAUAACGUAUUAUUGUAUUCGAUCGGCGAUGUAAAGUAAAUUGCGAUGGGUGAAGAACGGUGUGUGAUUAAGGGGUUAUAGGACCCUAAGGGCCGGUUGUUCCAACCUGUUGGUAAGUUAACUAAUAGUUAAAUCAUAUGUCU